AUGGCAAAAGGUGAAGGUAGCGGUGGUAUGAGUUUGGGGAUGAAAUUUAUUCGUCUACUCAUCUUCUUGUUUAAUAUCGUCUUUUUUCUGAUUGGUGUUGCACUAUUGGCAAUUGGUAUUUAUGUGAUGGUCGAUCCCAAAUUACAAACAGUGGGACAUACGUUUAAUUUUGAUUAUACCAAUGAUAGAAUUCAACAGGGUUUAUCCUAUAUCCAAAUAUUUGCCGUUACGCUCAUUGUUAUCGGUAGUUUUUUGGUUCUAGUAGGUUUUCUUGGUUGCUGUGGUGCCAUUAAAUCGUUUAAAUUUAUGCAUGUGCUCUAUGCGACUAUUAUUGGUAUUAUUAUUGUGGCUGAAAUUGGCAUUACAAUUUAUUUCGUUUCAUUUCAAUCAAAGUUUAAAGAGCAAUUAAUACCAAAGUUGCAAUUGUUAAUUAAUAAUACAUAUGCUGGGCCACCUAUUACGCCAGGAUCAAAUCCAGGAGCAGUAUCGUUAUCAUGGGAUUUGAUUCAAUACAAUAUGAAAUGUUGUGGAGCAGUGAGUAAAACUGAUUUCAACAGUGCAACAGUUUGGAAUCGUACCAAUCCAUACAAUUCCUCUUUACCUCAGUUCACUUAUCCUCUAACGUGUUGUCCUAUCGUAGCUCAAGGCAGUUGGAAUGAAUUACCGUUAGAUCAACUGCGUCAAGCUGAAAGAUGUGCCACGUAUGAUCAGGGUUCCGUAUACACACAAGGCUGUUAUGACAAAUUGAUGACAUUAAUUGCAACGUAUAAAAAUUCUGUGAUUAUUGGAGCCGUUGUCAUUUUAGUGGUGGAAUUAUUAGCAUUUAUAUUUGCCAUUUCGUUGUAUCGGAGAAAAGCCGACUACAACACAUUAUAG